AUGUCAUCAAUCAAAGAACGUGUAUUUGUCACUGCAGCUACUGGAAACAUCGGUACUGGUGUUGUGCGUGGUCUUGUUAAACAAGGAAUCGAUACAACAGCCUAUGUACGAGAUGAACAAAAAGUCAAAGAUCUAUUUAAAAAAGAGCUCACUACUGGUCAUCUCAAGUUAGUUGUUGGUAGCUAUUCAUCUAUUGAUGUAUUCACAAAAGCAAUUAAAGGACAUACUCGGCUCUUCCUUCUUGUUGCUGCCCAUGGUUUGAAACCAUGGUCGAUGAGUCAAAUCAAAGGAGCUCUUGGUAGAAUCGCUUUUGAACAAGGUGUUCGUCAAAUUGUUGAUCUCUCAUCAGCUUUUGUUAGUAGCUAUGGUAAGAAAGGCAUCAUCGGAUAUGUACAUACAGCAGCUGAAGAAAAGCUAUGGGCACUUGCUGAUGAAAAUCCUGAACAACGUUCACUUGUUGUACUUCGUCCUGGAGCGUUCAUGACCAAUCAUUUUAGGGGUGAUAUUCAUACAAUCAAGCACCAAAAUAAAAUUGCCUCUUGUGCAUCACCUUCAUCGAAAUCAACUUGGAUUGAUACAAAAGAUAUCUCCGAUUGUGCUGCAGUUGUUUUGAGUGAAUCAGUAGAGAAACAUGAUCGUAAUGUCUACGAACUGGGUGGUGAGACAUUAACUGAAGAACAACGAGCAGCUGUCUUUUCGAAAGUACUUGGUAAAUCUAUCAAGUAUGAACAACAAUCAAUGGAAGACUUCUACAAAGCAAGUAUUAGCCACGGCUUGCCUCAUUCAUUUGUAUACCAUUUUGCACUGAUGGCUUCAAAAGACAUCUGUGACAAUCCUACUCCCGAAAUAGCUCUUAUUAUCGGUCGACCAUUACGUACACUCAAAGAUUGGGUAAAUGAAAACGUCAAAGCAUUUCAAUAA